AUGAGUUAUCCUUACUCAAAAGUACCUUCAGAAACUGCUUCACUUGUUCCCAAAGUCCUAGGCUUUCACAUCAUUCUAAAAAAGUCAACAAACUCUGGUCUCUGGGAGCUACUACUUGAUUCAGUGUUCGCAUCUGAUGAUGAGGAACGCCUCAUGAUGGACGUAUUCCGGGGAUAUAAUUCACUUAUUCAAGUGAGUUUCUAUCGAAUUUCCGAUCAAUAUCGACAAGUACAUGGAUUUUUCAACCUUGCAUGCCCACCAGGAAAUGCCCAGCGACGAAUGCCAAUCAUCGUGAAGGUCGCAUUGCAGCUUGUCUUACUUAUAAACGUAGAUGAAAAGAACCAAGUGAUGCAUACAAAUGUGUGGUUAACGCUGAAGUGGCACGAUUUUCAAAUGCGAUGGAAUCCGGUAAAUUAUGGUGAGAUUAAAGAGAUAAGAGUUACCAACCGCGCCGAUGGUAACUAUGAAGUGUCUUUCAUGUGUAAUGUUGUCAUAAACUGUGAUGGUGACAUGCUAUGGGUACCGCCAGCAAUUUACAAAAGCUCGUGUAUCAUCGACGUAGAGUACUUCCCAUUUGAUGAGCAGGUGUGCACGUUAGUAUUUGGAUCCUGGACGUACAACGAGAACGAGAUUAAACUUGAGUUCGAACAAGCUGAGUGGGUGGAUCUGUCUGAAUAUGCGCCUUCUUCCAUAUGGGAUGUCAUGGACGCUCCUGCGUCAUUGGUGAACAAGCGAAGUCGAAUAGAAUUUCAAGUCAGAAUCAGGUUGGAAGAUAUGAUUGCAAGAGCUGAUUUCAACAAUCUGACUGAUAACUAG